AUGCAGGCUAAGCAGAGCAUCUGGCCAUCUUAUGCCCCUCCACUGCAAUAUGCCGGAGGAUCCGGUCAUCUGCCGCCUUACGAUGACCGAGCAAGCAGUCUGUGGCCUAUUCCAAGUCUCAACCCUACUCUCAUCAUCAAUCUGCUUGGAGUUCAGAUCGAUCCCCUGCUUCUUUCUGGCCGCAUUCGCAUCCAAACUCUUGAGAUAUUCGUGAUAAGGGGGUCGUUGCAGCGGAAUGUCGAAAUCUUCGUCAUCGGCAUUGUCCUGUCCGUUUCAUACACGAAGGCCAUUCAGCUUCCUCGCCCUCAAACGGACCUGAGUCCGUAUGCCGCUGGCCCCCCUGUUCAGCCUCGUGAAACUGCCUUCGUCUGGUACCUGGCACAUUCAAUCUCGAGCAACGGCGGAACACCUGCGAUAGUCAGAUCGACCGCACAACAUGCUCUCUUUCAUGAAGCAGGCUCCACCGCGGACGAAGACAUCGACUCUAGAAACUUUGAUAUUCGACGACGGCCAGUCAAGAGCAUGGUUCAAGCACAAUGCCGCCUUUGCUUCGAUCCCAACCACUCAGCCCGCGACGGAGUCUCAGCAACGAGCACGAAUUCAUCGGGUCCCUCUACCCCGAACUCAGCACUGGGUCCGCCUCUACACUAUCAUCAUUCACAAGACGAGACUUUCCAGGUCACAGCCGGGCGGGCAGCCUUCUAUACCUACCAGCCCCGCUCAGAAGGCCUCUGGGACAUAUUCGCGCCACUCUCUUCAUAUACCUGUAAAGUCGAAGUAGCGGGACCGGAGCAGAGUGUUCUGAUCCCCAAAGGUGUCGUACACACUUUUCGCAAUGCUAGUUCGGAGGAUGUGCUGGAGCUUGAAUUUGCUCUGAGUCCGACGCUCUCGAGCUUGACCACGACUGGUCUGACCAAUGAGGAGAUUUUCUUUCGCAAUUCCUGGAGCUACAGGCAAGAUUGCGCUAAAGCGGCCGUUGGGAGAAGCCUGUUGCAAGCUGUGUGCUUCAGUUGGCAAGGAGGUGUCGUUGUCAUGCUGCCUGGCUGUGGUAGACUGUUGAGUCGUAUUCUUGGAGCCAUUGGCGCUCUCUUUGGGCGCUACGUUAUGGGAUAUCAGUCCUCGUAUGACGAAUACGCGCCGAUGAAACAGGGCAAUUAA